AUGGAAGACAAGUUUGCUAACCUUAGUCUCCAUGAGAAAACUGGUAAGUCAUCCAUCCAAAUAAACGAACAAACAGGCUCGGACAAUGGCUCUGCUGUCAAGAGAACAGCUUCGACAUCCUCACACUAUAACAACAUUAACGCUGAUCUUCAUGCUCGUGUAAAAGCUUUUCAGGAACAACGUGCAUUGAAAAGAUCUGCCAGUGUGGGAAGUAAUAAAAGCGAACAAGACAAAGGUACUUCGCAAUCACCUAAACAUAUUCAGCAGAUUGUUAAUAAGCCAUUGCCGCCUCUCCCAGUAGCAGGAAGUUCGAAAGUUUCACAAAGAAUGAGUAGCCAAGUCGUUCAAGCCUCCUCUAAGAACACUCUUAAGAACAUUGGGAGCGGCCAAGAAACACAAAACGUUACUGACAUAAAUAUUAACAUUGAUACAACUAAAAUUACCACCACAACAGUUGGUGCGGCUACUGACGCACCUGCCAUCGGCGUUACGCCGUCAGUUCCUAAUACUGCAUCAGCAGCACAUAAGGCGCAAUUAUUGAAUCCUAAUAGGAGGGCACCGAGGAGGCCACUAUCUACUCAGCACCCAACAAGACCAAACGUUGCUCCGCAUAAAGCCCCUGCUAUAAUCAAUACUCCCAAACAAAGUUUAAGUGCCCGUCGAGGCCUGAAAUUACCACCAGGCGGGAUGUCAUUGAAAAUGCCUACUAAAACAGCUCAGCAGCCGCAACAGUUUGCCCCAAGCCCCUCAAACAAGAAACACAUAGAAACCGUAUCCAGCAGCAAAGUUGCGGAAGGGAAAAGGUCGAAUCCGGGUUCUUUGAUAAAUGGUGUGCAAAGCACAUCCACCUCAUCAAGUACCGAAGGCCCACAUGACACUAUAGGAACUACACCCAGAACUGGAAAUAGCAACAACUCUUCGAAUUCGGGUAGUAGUGGUGGUGGUGGUCUUUUCGCGAAUUUUUCGAAAUACGUGGAUAUCAAAUCCGGCUCUUUGAAUUUUGCAGGCAAACUAUCGCUGUCCUCUAAAGGAAUUGAUUUCAGUAAUGGUUCCAGUUCGAGAAUCACACUGGACGAGCUAGAAUUUUUGGAUGAACUCGGUCAUGGCAACUAUGGUAACGUCUCAAAAGUACUGCAUAAGCCCACGAAUGUUAUUAUGGCCACGAAGGAAGUCCGUUUGGAACUAGACGAGGCUAAAUUUAGACAGAUUCUAAUGGAGUUAGAAGUUUUGCAUAAAUGUAACUCUCCGUAUAUUGUGGAUUUUUAUGGUGCUUUCUUUAUUGAGGGUGCCGUCUACAUGUGUAUGGAAUACAUGGAUGGUGGUUCCUUGGAUAAGAUAUACGACGAAUCGUCUGAAAUCGGCGGUAUCGAUGAACCGCAACUAGCGUUCAUUGCCAAUGCUGUCAUUCAUGGAUUGAAAGAACUUAAAGAGCAGCAUAAUAUUAUACACAGAGAUGUCAAACCAACAAAUAUACUAUGUUCAGCCAACCAAGGUACCGUAAAACUGUGUGAUUUUGGUGUUUCUGGUAAUUUGGUAGCAUCUUUAGCCAAAACAAAUAUUGGCUGUCAGUCAUACAUGGCACCUGAACGAAUCAAAUCCUUGAAUCCAGAUAGAGCCACCUAUACUGUACAAUCGGAUAUCUGGUCUUUAGGUUUAAGUAUUCUGGAAAUGGCACUAGGUAGAUAUCCGUAUCCGCCAGAAACAUACGACAACAUUUUCUCUCAAUUGAGUGCCAUCGUUGACGGGCCACCACCAAGACUACCAUCAGAUAAGUUCAGCUCCGACGCACAAGAUUUUGUUUCUUUAUGUCUACAAAAGAUUCCGGAAAGGAGACCCACAUAUGCAGCUUUAACAGAGCAUCCUUGGCUGGUAAAAUACAGGAACCAAGAUGUCCAGAUGAGUAAGUAUAUCACAGAACGAUUAGAGAGACGCAACAAAAUCCUACGGGAACGUGGUGAAAAUGGUUUAUCUAAAAAUGUACCGGCAUUGCAUAUGGGUGGUUUAUAG